AUGCCAAACGUCACAACUCCGCUUCUUGCGGACUCGGACCGACCCAAUGAUGCAGCCGUCAACCGCAGCUCGCGCUCCGACCAGUCGCCGUCCAGCACCCAUGGCAGCUUCUGGCAGACGCGCCUCAGGGAGGUGAUUCUGUUCGUCUGGGCCUUUGUCGCUACUGCCGCCGUCAUCGUCCUUGCUGCUUGGUCUCAACACCGCAGCCAGACGGACGAUUCGCACUCUCCGGCCAACGCAAAGCGCAACCUUAUCUUUAUGGUCUCGGAUGGCAUGGGCCCAGCCUCGCUGUCCUUGACGCGCAGCUUUCGUCAGCAUGUCAAUGGCCUUCCCAUUGACGAUGUUUUGACCCUUGACCGUCACUUUUGGGGAUCCAGCCGCACUCGCUCCAGCAACAGUCUCGUCACCGACUCGGCAGCCGGCGCCACUGCCUUUUCCUGCGGUCUCAAGAGCUACAACGGCGCCAUCUCGACUUUGCCCGACCACAGCCCAUGUGGCACGGUUCUUGAGGCUGCCAAGCGGGCAGGGUACACCACUGGAUUGGUUGUGACCACCGACAUCACUGAUGCGACGCCUGCCUGCUUCGCUUCACAUGUCGACUACCGUUCACAGAACGACGAGAUCGCUGCUCAGGAGGUUGGCGAGGGCCCGCUAGGCCGCGUCGUCGACUUGAUGUUUGGUGGUGGCCGCUGCCACUUCCUGCCCAACACCACCCAGGGCAGCUGCCGUGCUGACGAUGUUGACAUCACCAAGAUCGCCCGCGAAAAGCAUGGCUGGAACUACGUCGACAGCCGCAGCGGGUUCGACGCGCUUAGGGAGGGCCACAACGUCGAACUCCCUACUCUUGGCCUCUUCGCCCCUACCGAUAUUCCUUUCGAGAUCGAUCGCCGGAACCAGUCUGAUAUCUACCCUAGCCUGAGCGAAAUGGCCAAGACGGCGCUGCGCGCCCUGGAGAAGGCUACAGCUGAUACAGACAAGGGCUUCUUCCUCAUGAUCGAGGGCAGCAGGAUUGAUCAUGCUGGACACAUCAACGACCCGGCCGCUCAGGUCCGCGAGGUGAUUGAGUACGACAACGCCUUCAAGGCCGUGCUCGACUUUCUGGAGCGCAGCGAUGAUGACGGCGUCCUGGUAGCCACUAGCGACCACGAGACAGGUGGGCUCUCUGUUGCCCUGCAGGAGCCUGGCCACAGUGCCGUCUACAACUGGUACCCAGAGGCUCUGAAGCGGGCCAGUGCCUCUUGUGAAAGGCUGACGCAGAGGCUCGCCGCUCACAUUUCGUCCAACCCCGAUGCUACAGCCUCUGCGGAUGGCCGCAGCAAGCUGCGUAACUGGAUCAACGAAACGCUGGUCUAUGAAGGCCUCGGCAUCACCAAUGCCAAUGACUUGGAGCUGGAUGCCUUGGUUUCGCAGCCGGAGAACUCACUGGUCAUCUUUGCCGAGAUGAUCAGCCUCCGGGCUCACGUCGGCUGGUCGACCCACGGGCACUCGGCCGUCGAUGUCAACGUAUACAGCUCGGGCGGCCCGGCUGCCGAGAAGAUCCGAGGCAACGUGGAGAAUACUGAUAUCGGCAAGUUUCUGGCCGACUAUCUCAACCUCGCCGAUGGCGUCAAGGCGAUAACCAAGGAGUUGAAUGCCCACAGGUCAUCAAAGAGUAUCAAAGCGGUGCCCGACAUGGUUGGCCAGGAGGAGCUCCUAGGAUACCAAGCAAAGGGUCUGCCUGAGAAUUGGGGUUCUCUCGAAGGAGCACAGCUCCACUUGUAG